AUGGCUGUUCCUAUGGUCCCUGGCGGUGGGGAGAAGCCAGGCAAGCAAAAAGCAAACUCCGGAGUAACCAAGGCACCUCAUCUUACCUCUUUUGCAAAGACGUAUCACGGCUUCUGUUGCCGCAAAGUUCCAAGCUCCAAUCUUGACGCUGGCCUUGAGCCCUCUUGGGCAAAUGCCUAUUAUACUUCGCUUCCGUUUUCCAGCGAGGAGCUGGCGCGUAUAAUCAACAAGCGUUACAUCAAUGGAAAAUAUGAUCGCACGGUCUGGGAAGAUUAUCAGGCGCUUAAAUCAAGAUUCCAGCGGCUGCGUAUAGACCGGUUGGUCGAGGAACAGCAGCGCGAUGAGCCGAACCCAAAUGUUGAGUAUGUUUUGGCCAGCAUACAUCCCGAGGUUAGGAAGAUCGCCAGGCCUGGACGAUACGAAAAAGAAACCACGGAAAUCCAGGUCAUUCUGAGAAGGCAACCGAAGCCCAGCAUCGAAGGUGGCUCUCCUCUUGGCGUGAGAGAUGCCCACAACUUGCCUGGAAGAGUAAUUGGUGCGGAGCCUGUUCUUGAGACAGAGCCUUCUGUAACAACACAAAAGAACUCGAAGGGCGGAAAGGGUAAAAACACAAUGACCGCACCCGACCCUAACAUCGGGGAAACGCCACUUCCAUCUCCGCCUCCACCUCCGCCUGCAGAGAUGGCACCACACCCGCCACAUCCGCCACCUCCGCCACCUCCAUCUUCCGGACCAAUAGGACCAUCAUCAGUGCUCCAUGGAAGAACCCCACCGCCACGGAUGCCGGUUCGUAUGGACCCUCAUGUUCCAUGUAGCCAGGCUCCACCUCCUGUGCUAGGCGACCCAGGCCCACCCCCUCGGCCGGUUCCGUUGUUGUCUGGAGGUGUAGAUCGCCCCAGAUCUCCGCGUUCAGACCCACAUCCUCAGAUACAGCACGGCUUCCAAACAGAGGCCAUGCACUCCAUCCCUCCCACCCAGGCUCCUAGCCAACCUCAUACUCAUGGCCAACUCGGAGUACAAGCACAAGUCCCCAUUGACCAUGCGGACGGCCUCCAGGUACCAGGACAACAUGCCAUAAAUCUACCACCAUCCGGAUUACCCAGAGAACAGCCAAUUCCGCAACACAACAGCGGACCUCAAUAUCCAGGUUCAGCCCAGCGACUUGGUCAGCAGACUCCCUGUCAACCGAACCACACAGUUCAACGAAUUCCUUCUGAAUUUCAGCAGGCCCAUCCUGGAGCAGAAAAAGCUUAUCCUGGAACACAAAAAAGCCCUACUGAAGGCGACCGCCGUCGUCCAGUCCAGGGUUUUGUUCCUAAUGGGAUGUCGAAUGGUCUCAACCAUGGAUUUCAUAGUUCCUAUGGUCGAGGUGUCCAUAUGAACUCUUACCAAGCCGAUGACUCAUAUGACAGUGAAGAACUUGGUGAUCUUGAAGGCCUUGAAGAGCCUGAAAUGUUACCAUUCCGAAAGACUUCCAAGAGGACAUUCGGGCGACCUGCAGACCUUCCACCUUUACCGCAACAACGGCAGGUCAGGCCACAAACAUCUCAUCAAAACAUCAACAUUAGCAUUGGCAACAAUAACGGCCGCAAGAGUGAGAAAUCCCGCAGGGAUCGCAAAGGUCGCUCUCCGCACAGCUCUUCAUCCGACGAAGGUUCGCAGCGCUCAUAUCGCUCGCGCAACAGCGUGGAAAGCACAUCGGGGUCGUCUCAUCGUGACCACAGUCCUUAUGAUCCACGAACUUGA